AUGGCUUCCCCGCGAACGUCUGCUGUGCUGCUGCUUUUGUCUUUCACAAUGUCAGGGGCACAGAGGAUCAUUGGGGGUCAGGAGGUUGUACCGUACUCUAUCAAAUAUCAGGCAUCCCUGCAGACUGAGAGAGGGCAACACUACUGUGGAGGAACCUUGGUGCACCCUCGGUGGGUGGUGUCUGCCGCCCACUGCUGGAGACCGUACAGUCUGAUGAGGGUGGUGUUGAGUGAACACAGCCUGACCCAAGAAGAAGGAUUUGAACAGAUCUUCAACGUCUCCAAGAUUCUAGUCCACAACUUCAAAUACAAGACGUUCGACAACGACAUCAUGCUCAUCCAGCUGAGUACGGAGGCAAAGCCGAACGCCAACGUCUUGCCCGCUGUCCUGCCGAGCGACCAAACCCCUCCCCUGAGUAACGGCGACACCUGCACAGUGAGCGGCUGGGGCGUGACAAAGAUUUACAGUAGCUCCCUCUCCCCCUCUCUACGUGCUGUCAGCGUGAGAGUACAGGAUCCCUGCAUCUAUCGGUUCUGGGGCAUGAUGUCUCCGAACAUGCUGUGUGCCGGAUCUCGAAUGGGUGGCAAAGACUCCUGCCAGGGCGACUCCGGCGGUCCCCUUGUAUGCAAUGGCAUCAUUGAGGGUAUUGUCUCCUGGGGUAUCAGCUGCGCAAACGCGUACUUCCCUGGGGUUUACACCAAAGUGAGGAACUACGUCCCGUGGAUCCAAUGGGUAAUCGACAAUGACAAGCCAUAAACAUUUGCCACGAUCCUCGAUGAGCAGACUGCAAACAUCUAGAUUCAGUCACUGGAAAAACAAACCAAAAAGCUGAUUCACUGCAUUAUUUUCAAAAAAAAAGUUUUGUUUUAAUUACUAUCAACUUUCUUUGUGUUUUGUCAAGGGUCAACUUAACACACCUAGUUGAUUUGCAAUUUAUAAUGUUUGGUUACCCUAUAUACAGCGAGGGUUAUCAGUCGAUUAUUGAUAUGUGGUUUCCCGGAAAUAUGUUAAUAUGAUUUUAAUUCAGUAAUUUAAAUUUUUUUUGCCAUUAUGAUUAUGGGAGGAGGUUGUAAUCGAAGCAUUAGGUAGUAGAGCUGGGCGAUAGGGUUAAAGAUCACCUUCGGCAUUAUAUUUGAUAUUAUAAUGCAUUGUGAAGAUAGUAAUAUUCAUUGACACAGCUUUAAGGACAUCAUACCAAAGUUCCGGGUCUACACAGUAGAGUGGUGAAACCGUGACAAUAAAGAUGAGUUGUUUCUCUUG